ACUCGCUUUUGAUUUUUCUACCACUUUCUGCUAACAAGAACUUUCUAAAUCUAGAGAAUGGAACAGAAAAGUACCAGUGGUGGGCAAAUAUCUAUCCUAUUGCAAAGUGUUAACACUAAAGAAAAAGGACUCCACAUCAUCUUCUUUUAUUUGUUGAAGAGUUUGACACCUGUCCUUCUGUGUAACAUGUUCUUUUUUUCUCUAUACUACUUUUUCUUCUAUCUGCAACCAACUAUAUAAGAGCGGCUUCAGAGGUUCAACGUUGGCUGGGUUUGGGGUUAGUGGAUAAUUUUUUUGGCUUGGUUGGGUAGGUAAAUAUUUUGACCCACCCACCCAACCGCCCCACCCUCACCCCCAACGGGUGGAGGGUAAACUUGCUACUUCGACUAUGUACAGGGUUAUGUAUUUCGCGGCUAAUAAAUCCACUGAAAUAACUGACGAAAACAACAAAGAUGGUACAUUUUGCUGCGUAAAGUCAUGAAAUGAAACACGACAGACUUGACAGUUUCAUAUUUCCUUUUUGAUGUACAGUUAGACUAAACAACCUAAAAUUUCAAGAAAGGGAUCAUCAAACUAACACCUGCUUAUCUCAACAUGGAGGCAGCUAUGGUAGAUAAUUACAAGGAAAAGUAUGAACAAUUACUUGCUGAAAACAGUAAAAAGGAACAAGAGUUUGGACAAAAACGAGCACAAUUUAGACAGCUUUAUUUGGAUUGUGAAGCUUUACUCAAGAGUGAAAAGGCGUUGACAAGUCAGCUUGAACUGCAAGUCACAAAUUUAGCUAAACAAAUCAAUGAUUUAAAAUCUGAGAAUGAAGGAAUACGAGCUGCUGCGCAACUCUCUGAAGAAUCAAAAGAAGAAGAAUUCGUUGCUUUAAAAGUGAAACAUCAAGAGGAGAUUGCAUCUCUGCAACAUAUUUGGCAAGAAGCUUCAAAAGAAGGUCAAACACGGAUAGCGAAAGAAUUUGAAGAAGAACGAAAAAAAUUGGUAGACGCUAAUGCCAGACUUGAGCAAAGAAUUCGUAAUGGUAUGCGCACAUCUGAGGAUGGGAAAGGAAAUAAUGAAGGAAUUAUGUCAAUGAUGUCCAAUGCAUUUUCCAAAAAGACCAGUACUAGUAGUAUACAAAAGGUGAAAGGCAUUGAAGGGCCUGCCGCAAACUUGGAAGGUUCUCAACAACAGGUACAAGAUGAUGUAAAUGCAUGGAAGUCAAUUGUGGGACCACUUGAACAGGAAAUUGAAGAACUUAAGAAGCAAUUGGAAGAAGCAGAUUCGAAAUUAAAAGUAAUGGUACAUAAGGCGCCUGAUAAAACUGUUGACCAAGCUUCUGAUGAAAAAAUAAAAGAAACUCAGAAGUAUUUAGACGCAGAACGAUCAGCUAGGACUGAUUUGGAAAUGUAUGUAGCUGUGUUAAAUACUCAAAAAGGUGUUUUACAAGAAGAUGCGGAUAAGUUACGUAGAGAGCUUCAUAAUGUCUGCCGUCUUUUUGAACAAGAAAAAAUGAGUCAUUCAGAGUUGAAGCAAACCUGGAAAUUGGCAAAUGAACAAUUUUUAGAACAACAAAAUAAUUUAGCAUUUGAAAAUGAAAAGAUGAAAACGUUUCUUACUCAUCAACAACUAGAACAAUUAUCUAGAGACAUACGGGUUGAGCGCUCUACUAUAUUGACUACAAGUAACCCUAGUAAAAACCAACAAGAAAUAAUGCAGCAGGUAGCAACCCCGACAGAAAAAAGUGACUUAAUCGCAUUUGAUAGUAUACGUGGAGAGACUGUAAGAAAACCAGAUAAAUUAGUUGAAGCCACUAAAAAGAGAACACCAAAUGCGAAACGUAAACAAGAACAGAAAAAAAUUAGUCCAACAAAAAAUGUGAGUAAGCAAGGGACUAUUGCUGAUAGUGUCUUCAACUCACUUUUUCCAUCUGCUUAUCACGCUAAAAACUUUGAUCGAAUGUUUAAGGAGGAUUUCAAUGUGAAUGAAAAACCUUUAAUGCUUUCUUCGUCAUCAGACAGUGAAGACGACGACUUAGAACAGGCUAUCUUACAACAGAAUAUAAAGAGAUAUGGUAUUGAACAAGCUGAGGAAGUCGAGGAGACCAGCAGUUUGAAACCAACAACACCUAAUGAGACAGUGGCAAUCACUAAGUCGUCAUCCAGUGAUAAUAUUUUAAAUACCACAGCCCAAUUUUCACUGCAGGAUAAAUCGUUAUCACAAGGUGAUGUGUCAUGGAAUAGCACCGCAACAAAAGAAAAAUCAUACAAUGAUGAAGUGGAUUCAAAACUUUCGUUAAAUGAAACUGGAUGGAGUACUGUAUCUGAUAAUUAUGGCCAUGCUUGUAUGAUGUGUCAAAACUAUGAGAAACAGUUACAACGUCUACAGAAAGAAUUUAUGUGUGUUAAAGAAAAAGAAGAAAGUUUAGGACACAAGGUGAACACAAUACAGAGCGAGCUGGAUUCCGAAAAAGAUAAAUUUGCUUCAUUAGAGCGAAGCAUUGAAAGCGCAGCAGGAGAUACUAAAUCACAAAUCAAUAUAUACACCACAAAUCAAAAAGAGGUGGACAAACAAGUUGAACUGUUACAUCAGCAGUUUGCACAAUUCCAAACUGACAUUCUCGCAGAAAUGAAAAUAUUAUCAGAAGAGAGAGAUGGUACCCUCGCCAAGUUCACGUCGUUAGAAGAUGAAAGUGAAGAUCUUAAGUCGACAUUGGAUGGCGAAGAUGUUAGAACAUUGAAAGCACAGUUCGAAGAAAUGAAACUUUCGUCAUCAGCUAAUGAAGAGAAACUAAAAGGAGAGAUUCUUUUCCUAAAAGAUCGUGUGAUGGCUGAGCAAUUUGAUAGGGAGAAUACCGAAAGUGUUUUACAACAAGAUCUGAAUCAAGCGAGAGAUGAAUUAAUGAAAUUAAAGCAUCAAUUAGAAAAACAAAAAACUCAUUCAAACGAGGACCUGAUGUCUUGAUUGUGGCUGGUUGGACAAGUUUAGUAAAUAUAGCGUCUGAUCCUAAAUUACCACCGUUUGAUAUGAAAAAAGCGAUAGUCAGCGGAUAAAAGCGAUAAGCCUCAAAUUAAAAUAAUUCCCUUAAAGACCCUCAGCUAUUAUAUUUAUUUUUAUACCAAAGAACUGCGAUGCCGUACAAGUGUAUGAGUAGUUAUGUGUAUAUGUAGUGGACAGCAAUAUUGGGCACCAGCUGUUGUGGAUAUAUUUCCUUCAUAAAACAAAUUCAUCAGACAAACCGUGUGUAUAUAUAAAUUGUUACAUAGCUUUGAAUUUUGAAUUUUGUUUGUGCUAAUACGUAAAUUUUUUUAUAAAACUUCGCUAAAUUAUAAAAUUAUGUUAACCUGUCAACGAA